AUAUAAUACAAAUACAGCGCGACUACCUUUUAUAAGUAUCUGUGCUUGCCUAAAAAAAAACGUGUUUCAGCUCCAAACUCAGCUUGUGUUGCUUAUGUUCAAACAAAAAAUCAUUUGACAUCCAGAGAAGCCCAUUGAAACAUAGAAACCAAAUCCUGCAAGAAUGCAAAAACAACAGGCAAUGGAAGAUGUCAAGGUCACCGGAGAUCAUGAUGAUAAUCAUCAAAAUUCUGAGCCAAUCAGGGACACUUACAAAAUCGCGUACCUAAUCCAUUUCGUGCUCGGUGCUGGCAAUUUGCUUCCAUGGAAUGCUUUGAUCACUGCUGUCGAUUACUUUGGCAGUCUCUAUCCGUCCAGGCAUGUUGAGAAGGUCUUCUCUGUCGCCUACAUGAGUUCUUCUCUGUUGGUUCUCGUUUUGAUGAUGAGUUGGGUGUGUUGGAGUAAAAAACUGAGCUUUAGGUUGAGGAUGAACUUGGGUUUUUCCAUGUUUGUUCUGUCUAUAAUGGUAACUCCAACACUUGAUUGGGCUUCGUAUAGCAGUGGAUCGAAAGGGAGUUCAAAUGGAGCCUAUGUUGUAACCGUUGGAUCGGUUGUUGUUUGCGGUUUAGCUGAUGGAUUGAUUGGAGGAAGCCUUAUAGGAUCUGCUGGAAGGCUGCCAAAGGAGUAUACGCAAGCAGUUUUUGCUGGAACAGCUUCUUCAGGUGUUCUUGUGUCCAUCUUGAGGAUUAUAACAAAGGCAUCACUUCCACAGACAGCACAGGGCCUACGAAAAAGCGCUCACUUGUAUUUUAUAGUCAGCACAGUUAUUUUGCUUGGCUGCAUUGUUUGUUGCAAUCUGUUAUACAAGUUGCCAGUCAUGCAACAGUAUUACAAACUUCUACGGGAUGACCUGCCGAGUUCAAAGCCAGAAUUUUGGGAAGUGGCGAGAAAAAUCCGAUGGCCUUCUUUUGGAGUUUUCAUGAUUUACACUGUAACUCUGUCUAUCUUUCCCGGAUUCAUAGCAGAGAACCUUGAAUCGAGGAUUCUUAAAGAUUGGUACCCUGUUAUGCUGAUUACAAUGUAUAAUAUUUCAGAUCUUAUAGGGAAGUCUUUGACUGCAACAUAUGUCGUGAGGAGUAUUGGGAAGGCUACAUGGGCUUGCAUUGCCAGGCUUUUGUUCUAUCCCCUCUUCACGGUCUGCCUCCAUGGUCCCAAUUGGCUGAAAACGGAGGUACCAAUGGCAUUUCUGACGAUUACACUUGGGUUGACAAAUGGGUAUUUGACAAGUGUGAUCAUGAUCCUCACUCCUAAAUCAGUGCCAGCUUCAGAAGCUGAAGUAUCUGCAGUUGUGAUGGCUGUGUUCUUGGGGAUGGGCUUAGUUGCUGGUUCGGUUCUUGGUUGGUUUUGGAUCAUUUGAACCUCAUUAACCUCUUAUGUCAUAUGCAUAACCAGCCUCAGAAGAGGUCAGUCUCCUAUAAAUCAGAACCCAUAACCUGUCAAGGUAAAGCAGAUGGAAGAGAAACAUAUAAAGAAAAUGAGUCCAGUAGUAUAAAUCUUUGUAAUGUUAAAUAAGGGCCUAGUCUGAAUUUUCUUAUAUGCUAUCUCCUUGAUGAUGCAAGUUUAUUCUACCGUCAAUCUAAAGAAUGAUGAAAUUGCCAGUUUCAA